AUUGCCUUCUCAAUUCAGACGAGAUCGACCCUCUCAUCACUAGCGUUCCGAGAACAGGACGCUCUCACAUCUUUCUCCAAUGGCCAGCUCUCGAUGGCUCCUCCAUGCCCUCCUCCUCGUUCUCAUCCUUCACAUGGACUCCAUGUUACUCAAAACUGCUUCCAUGCCGCCGCCUUCCCCUGUCGUGUGCAGCGGUCCUGAUGGCGGCGAUGGCUGCAUCCUCCGCAACUCGUACGGCACGUGGAACGACAGGUUGGACUGCCGUGUCCAGAAUGUCACGUACCCUUCGACCGAGGAAGAGCUCCGCUCGGCCGUGGCCUACGCGGCCCGCCACAGGCUGAACGUCAAGGUCGUGAGCAAGUUCUCCCACACCAUCCCGAAGCUGGCCUGCCCCGGGAGGGCUGGAUCCGCCGGCUCCUUCUUGAUAAGCACGGCGAACUGUGCCUCUGGUAUCGACAUUGACGUGACCAGUCUGGUGGUCACGGCGGAUGCGGGGGUUCCACUGCGGGAGCUGAUCGACAGAGUCGAGGGACAAGGGCUGAGCCUGGUGGCCGUGCCGUACUGGGAGGGCGUGAGCGUGGCCGGGUUGAUAAGCACGGGGGCACACGGUAGCUCGUGGUGGGGGAAGGGCGGGGCGGUGCACGACCACGUGGUCGGGAUUAGUCUCGUGGUCCCGGCCAAGGAAUCAGAAGGUUUCGCCAAAGUCAUCAGGAUUGAGGCACAGGAUCAGCUUCUUAAUGCUGCUGGAGUCUCUUUGGGCAUGUUGGGUGUGAUCUCCAAGGUGAAGUUUUCUCUCGAGAAAGAGUUCAAGAGAAGCAUAACUUAUGAUUUCACGGACGAUGCUCGGAUCGAAGAGAUAUACACAGAUCACGCCAUGAAGUACGAAUUCGCCGACAUCACUUGGUACCCAUCUAAACACACUGCCGUCUACCGAAACGAUAAUCGAGUUCCUCUGAACACAUCGGGCGACGGUCUUUAUGACUUCCUAGGAUUUCAAUCCAACUCGGUCGUCGUCUCUAAAUCCGUACGAGCGACCGAGAAGUUACUGGAGAAUGCGAGGAACGUGGAUGGGAAGUGUGCAUUGGCGUCUACCACGGUGGAAUACAAGAAGCUGAUCGCCAACGGUUUGAGGAAUGGCCUGAUCUUCACCGGCUAUCCGGUCAUCGGUCGCCAGGGGAAAAUGCAGACUUCGGGUUCGUGUUUAUACUCAGCUCCCUCGAGAACUGACCUUACUUGUGCUUGGGAUCCAAGAAUCGACGGGCUCUUUUUUUACGAGUCGACCGCGAUAUUCCCUGCCCAAAGAUUUGCAGAUUUCGUUCGAGAUGUGAAGAAGCUCAGGGACAUGAAUCCGAAAAACUUCUGUGGAGUGGAUAUCUAUAAUGGGUUCCUGGUACGUUUCAUCAAGGCCUCCAAGGCGUACUUGGGCCAAUCCGAGGACUCGGUCGUGGUAGAUUUCAACUAUUACCGAGCCGACGACCCCUCGACCCCGAGACUGAAUCAAGACGUGUGGGAGGAAGUGGAGCAAAUGGCGUUCUUCAAGCAUGGGGCCAAGCCGCAUUGGGCUAAAAACAGGAACUUGGCAUUCUUGAAUGUCCGAAACAAGUAUCCCAACUUUGGCAAAUUCAUGGCAGCUAAGAAGCUAUUGGACCCACAAAACCUGUUCUCAAGUGAAUGGUCAGAUGACAUAUUGUUCCGGAAUGAAGCAGCAAAAGGUGAUGGGUGUGCCCUAGAAGGACAGUGCAUAUGCACAGAAGACAGGCAUUGUAGUCCAGCAAAAGGUUAUCUUUGCAAAGCAGGGCUUGUUUAUCAGGAAGCUAGAGUUUGUAGGUAUACACAGUCUUCAAUGGCAUAAGACGUCAUAUCGCUUUGUU